UCUCAUCCGCAGGGCAAAAUACUUCAAAGGGAAAAAGAUCCAUGGAGAAGUGGACAUUAAAGUAGAACAGGCGGAAUUCUCUGAUCUCAAUCUGGUGGCUCAUGCCAAUGGAGGGUUCUCUGUGGACAUGGAAGUUCUCCGGAAUGGGGUGAAGGUUGUGCGGUCGCUGAAACCUGACUUUGUGCUGAUCCGCCAGCACGCCUUCAGCAUGGCACGGAACGGGGACUACCGCAGCCUGGUCAUCGGGCUGCAGUACGCUGGCAUCCCCAGCAUCAACUCGCUGCACUCUGUCUACAACUUCUGCGACAAGCCCUGGGUGUUUGCCCAGAUGGUUCGACUGCACAAGAAACUGGGAACGGAGGAGUUCCCUCUGAUCGACCAGACCUUCUACCCCAACCACAAAGAAAUGCUCAGCAGCACAACAUACCCUGUGGUUGUGAAGAUGGGGCAUGCACACUCUGGGAUGGGCAAGGUCAAAGUGGACAACCAGCAUGACUUCCAGGACAUUGCCAGCGUGGUGGCACUGACCAAAACCUAUGCCACUGCUGAGCCCUUCAUUGACGCCAAAUACGAUGUGCGUGUCCAGAAGAUUGGGCAGAACUACAAGGCCUACAUGAGGACAUCCGUGUCAGGGAACUGGAAGACCAACACUGGCUCGGCAAUGCUGGAGCAGAUUGCUAUGUCUGACAGGUACAAGCUGUGGGUGGAUACAUGCUCCGAGAUCUUUGGGGGCCUGGACAUCUGCGCAGUGGAAGCGCUGCACGGCAAGGACGGAAGGGAUCAUAUCAUUGAGGUGGUGGGCUCCUCCAUGCCGCUCAUUGGUGACCACCAGGAUGAAGACAAGCAGCUCAUUGUGGAGCUUGUGGUCAACAAGAUGGCCCAGGCCCUGCCCCGGCAGCGGCAGCAGCAGCGGGAUGCCUCCCCAGGCCGGGGCUCCCACAGCCAGGCUGCGUCCCCAGGGGCCCUGCCCUUGGGUCGCCAGACCUCCCAGCAGUCCACAGGCCCCCCGGCUCAGCAGCGACCCCCACCACAGGGUGGCCCCCCACAGCCAGGCCCGGGUCCCCAACGCCAGGGACCCCCAUUGCAGCAGCGUCCAACACCGCAGGGUCAGCAGCACCUUUCAGGCCUUGGACCCCCGGCUGGCAGCCCCCUGCCUCAGCGUCUCCCAAGUCCCACAUCAGCGCCCCAGCAGUCUGGAGCCCAGGCCCAGCCGAUGACCCAGGGUCAAGGUCGCCAGUCCAGGCCAGCGGCGGGAGGACCUCCAGCAGCUCGACCACCCGCCUCCCCGUCUCCCCAGCGCCAGGCGGGCCCUCCACAGGCUACACGUCAGGCUUCGGUCUCUGGUCAAGCUCCGCCAAAGGCCCCCGGGGUGCCGCCUAGUGGUCAGCAGCGCCAGGGUCCGCCCCAGAAGCCUCCGGGACCUGCGGGCCCCACACGCCAGGCCAGCCAGGCAGGCCCCAUGCCCCGCAGUGGGCCGCCCACCACACAACAGCCGCGACCUAGCGGCCCAGGCCCUGCUGGACGCCCUGCCAAACCACAGCUGGCCCAGAAACCCAGCCAGGAUAUGCCGCCACCCGCUGCCACCGCCGCUGCCGGGGGACCCCCGCACCCCCAGCUCAACAAAUCCCAGUCUCUGACCAAUGCCUUCAACCUUCCAGAGCCAGCCCCGCCCAGGCCCAGCCUUAGCCAGGACGAGGUGAAAGCUGAGACCAUCCGCAGCCUGAGGAAGUCUUUCGCCAGCCUCUUCUCCGACUGAUACCCCACCCUGAUAGCCUCCCCAACCCCCUAAAUCCCUGGGCAACCCUUCUCUGGGCCCCGAAUCCAUCUAUCACUUUUGGAGUCUCCAGAUUCCCUGAGAAACCCUCUCCUGGUUCACCAAGCUCCCUCCUCUCACUCCUCUGAAUACCCGCGUUCCUUAGGGAACCUCCCUCGUGGUCCUAAACCCAAUUCUCAUGCUGGGAAUUCCACGUCCUUCUAGAGUCCCUCCUGAUCACUGCUAGACCUACUUCUCCAUCUUAGAACCUGCAGAUUCCCGAAGACCUCCACACCUGGCCCCAAGUUUUUCCUUUUGGGAGCCCAGUUCUCUCAAGAACACCGAUUCCCACCAAGGUUUCCUGAAUCCUGUCAGAACACUUACCUCCGAGCCCCUUACCAUAGACCUCCCAUCUCUCUGGAGAACCACCUCUUCACAUGCCAGCCCCUUCAACAUGUCGGGGGUUUCUAUCACUGCUAGGACCCCCUCAGUUCUCCCAGGAGCCCCCCUUCCCACUUUCCUGCCUCUGACAGCUGUCUUUAAAUAUGCAAACUCCAUCUAUCCUACCCUUUAGCACAUGGAAGGCCAGUGGUCUCUCCCACCCCACUUUCCCACUUUUGCCGUGAUGUCUGUGACUGACGUGGCCUCCUUUUGUGCCGUGCUUGGCAUAUGUGGUCCUCGUUCAUUGUGCCGCCUGUGGUGAUGCGUGCAGUGGCGCUGUUUGUGUGGUCCGCACUCCCUCCUCCCUGACCUCCACUCCUUGCCUGGACUUACCCCCAUCCCUCAGCGGCUCUGACCCCCCUCCCCCGUGAGAAGAGUCGGGAAGCAAAAUAAAACAAGCAAAGGCCCA